GAUUCGAGAAGGACAUGAAGCGAACCGACACAGGGUUCCUGGCAAUAGCAACAGAGGCGGAGAACAACAGGGAGAGAACCUCGGAACCUCCAGGAAAGAUCAAGGAAUUAUUGAGGGAGUUCCAAGAUAUUCUUCCGGACGAUCUUCCGAAUGAGCUACCUCCAUACCGAACGAAUCAACACGAGAUCGUAGAGGAACCGGGUUCGAAGCCGACCUUCCGAGCACCAUAUCGGCUCACCCCUACGGAGCUGACCGAUAUGAAAAAACAAAUCGAGUAUCUCCUAGGCAAAGGACUCAUCCGACCAUCCACUUCGCCGUACGGUGCCCCAGUACUCUUCACACCGAAACCGGAUGGAAGCAUACGGAUGGCGGACAACUCUAUCCACAAAACUGCUUUCCGAACUCGGUAUGGAUUGUACGAGUAUUUGGUAAUGCCAUUCCGACUCACCAACGCAUCGGCAACAUUCCAAGCCGAAAUGAACCACAUUCUACGACCACUUUUGGACGAGUGCGUAGUGGUGUACCUGGACGACAUACUCAUCUACUCGCGCGACAUGAAGCAGCACGUCGAACACAUGCGAUGCGUCUUCGAAAUUCUUCGACGAGAACGGUUCUACGUCAAACUGUCCAACAGCGAAUUCGCCCUUGAGAAGGUCCAGUUCCUAGGACACAUGGUGAGCGCUCAAGGAGUUCACGUCGACCCCAAGAAAAUCGAAGCCGUACGUACGUGGAAGACACCCGAGAACGUGAAGGAGUUGCAGCAGUUCCUAGGCUUCGCUAAUUACUACAACAGGUUCGUGCCACAGUAUGCGAAAAUCGCAGCACCACUCACGAAUCUGCUGAAGAAGAACACGCCCUACAAAUGGGAGCCGAAGCACCAUGAAGCCGUGGAGCAGCUGAAGCAAGCACUCACGUCCGCACCGGUACUCAUCUUGCCAGAUCCCGAACGCGACUACGUCAUCGAAGCUGACGCCAGUGACCAAGCAGUGGGAGCAGUCUUGAUGCAGGAUCAAGGGAAUGGACUGCAACCAAUCGCUUACCUGAGUAAGAAACUACACGGGGCAGAACUCAACUACCCAAUACACGACAAAGAGGCCCUUGCCAUCGUCAUCGCCUUCAAAGCGUGGAGGUGUAAUCUCGAAGGACGAAGAACAACCGUAUACACUGACCACUUCAGCCUGAAAUACUUGAAGAUACAACCCAACCUUUCCAGGCGGCAGGUUCGGUGGAUCGACUUCCUCGAGACACACUUCCACUACGACAUCGUGUACAAGCCCGGCCACAAAAAACAAAGCAGACGCUCUCAGCCGCCUGCUCACGUUGCCGCUAUUCGGGUCGAAGGGAUGAAUCCACUACUCAAGGGACUCUUCACACACGGGAUCAACGAAGUCUGGGUACCCAAUUACCCUCCUUUGCGCCAGUUACUACUCAAAGAAUACCACGACGUCCUCUACCUCAGACACUUCGGUAGCAACAAAACGCUGACCGGUAUUGCAAAACACUACUACUGGCCCCACUUGGCAGAGGAUGUCCAGAAAUUUGUCACCUCGUGUGAUACAUGUCAGCGGAUGAAGAGCAGCAAACAGAAAAAUGCAGGACUACUGCAGCCUCUUCCUGUCCCAGAACAACCAUGGCAAGUGGUUAGCCUGGACUUCAUCACCGGUUACCACCUACCACCAGCGGUCAUGACGCCAUCCUUGUCGUCAUCGACAAGUUCUCCAAAAUGGGGCAUUUCAUCCCGACACACACGACAGCACGCACUGAGGAGACAGCACAACUAUUCGUUCGUUACAUCAUCUCACAGCAUGGCAUUCCAACCAUACUUAUCUCCGACCGAGACCCCAAGUUCACCAGCAAGUUCUGGAAGGAACUUAUGUCUCUCCUCGGGACCAAACUCGCCAUGUCAUCUGCUUACCAUCCGCAGACAGACGGACAGACCGAGCGCCUCAACCAAAUUGUUGAGCAACUCCUCCGAGCAGCCUGCAAGGACGAGAUCUCCAAAUGGGACUUGCAUCUGCCCGCCUUUUCUCGUUGAAGAACAGGUCACUCCUGUUACCUUCCGCUUACGCCUGCCAGCUACUUGGAAGAUUCAUAACGCCUUCCAUGUCCAACUUCUGAAGCCCUAUCGGGAUCCGAACACGAUCUUCGUCGGACGCCAACCGCCGCCGCCACCGCCCGUCCUCGUCCAGACUGAACCCGAGUACGAGGUCGAGUCCGUGCUCGCACACCGCCGUCGUCGGAAUGGCACCGUGGAGCUUCUCAUCCGUUGGAAGGGUUAUGAUCCUUCUGAGGACAGCUGGGUAUCUGAGUCCGACAUGGGUAACGCCCGUCGUCCUCUGCAUGACUACCUUGUCAAGCAGGGUGUUACUUCUACCACCCAGCUUUGAGGGGGGGAAGUGUGAGAGUACGACCCCGUU